GUUUGAAUUGAGAUCUUCGCAUAGUCUCCAGACUCGACCAGCUGAAAUUGCGUUGUAAUACAUUGAGCUUCUGAGACGGAGCUGUUGUUGGAAUGUGCUUGAGUAGAUCAUUUUGUUGUUUACGUUGAAUAUCCAGAGACUAUCGGAUCUAUAUCUAUACAUGUUGUAUUAAAUACGUUUCGGGAAUUGUGUCAUUUGGAGAAUCAUGGACCGGGAGUGGAGAAGCGAUUGGGUUUUAAAUCUCGUCAGCGACUAUUCUUCUCUCAGUCUCACCUCUUGUCCGAGAGCUUUUGACUGAGCCUAACCAGCCUAUAUAGGCUGGAGCGGGUUUUUAUUCGUUUCUGCAUCAAGUCAAGCUCUUUUCCACUCGUUCGGUGAAUAGUUAACUAACGCGAAAUUAUUUGUAUUCAAAUAGCCGAGGAUUUGUAUUCAAAGAGCCCGAGGUUUUCUUUCAACUCUUAAGUUCAGGAGCUGUCCAGCUUGACCGUCAGACUGACCAGUUACUCAGUUGUCCAGAAAAAUGGAGUCUGUUAUUGAGAAGGAAUGCAGUGCACUGGGGGGACUUUUCCAGAGUGUGAUAGGCGACAUGAAAAACAGCUACCCCAUCUGGGAAGACUUUAUCAGCAAGGCUGGGAAACUACAAUCUCAACUCAGGGCGACCGUGGUUGCAGCUGCAGCGUUCCUGGAUGCCUUUCAGAAAGUGGCUGACCUGGCCACCAACACACGAGGAGGCACCAGGGACAUUGGUUCAGCUCUAACCAGGAUGUGUAUGAGACACAGAAGCAUCGAGGCCAAGCUCAGAGACUUUUCAAUGGCUUUCAUGGACUGCAUGAUCAACCCUCUACAGGAUCAGAUGGAGGAGUGGAGGAGAGGAACCAACACUCUGGAUAAGGACCAUGCUAAAGAGUACAAGAGAGUUCGGAGUGAGAUCAAGAAGAAGUCUUUAGACACUCUGAAGCUACAGAAGAAGGCAAAGAAAGCUGAUGCCCUGGGGCGAGGAGACGUCCAGCCCCAGCUGAACAGUGCCAUGCAGGACGUCAGUGAUAAGUACCUGCUGCUGGAGGAGACGGAGAAACAGGCCGUCAGGAAGGCCCUCGUCGAGGAGAGGAGCAGGUUGUGCACCUUCGUCUUCAUGCUACGACCUGUCGUGGAUGAGGAGAUCUCCAUGCUAGGAGAGGUCACCCACCUCCAGACCAUAUCUGACGACCUCAAGAUGCUGACCAUGGACCCUCACAAGCUGCCCCCCGCCAGCGAACAGGUGAUUCUGGAUCUGAAAGGCUCUGACUAUAACUGGUCCUAUCAGACUCCUCCCUCCUCCCCCAGCACCACUAGGUCCAGGAAGUCCAGUAUGUGCAGCAGUCUGAACAGCGUAAACAGUAGUGACUCUCGCUCCAGCGGCACAUCCCACUCUCACUCCCCUUCCUCCUCCUCCUGCUCCUCCCACUACGGCUACCGUAGCUCCACCCUGCCCCAGCAGGCCGCGGCACGACUGUCCUCCAUGUCCUCCCAUGACUCAGGAUUCAUCUCCCAGCCAGACACCUACACUUCCAAGUCACCAUCACCCAUGCCCGAGGAAACACUACCGCAGCCUUGCUCCAGCUCUGGCUCGUCUGAGGCCUCUGACACCUGCCAGUCAGUCAGUGAGUGCAGCUCUCCCACCUCAGGAGGGCCUCUGGCUGCAGUUGACAAGUUGUCUAACGGGUAUGACCACUACGGGGAUCACCAUCAUUCAGACUCUUCAUACCUGAUGGGAGGGGGCUCAGGCCUGGGGGGGUCCUACCUGAUGGGAGGGGGCUCAGGCCUGGUGGGUUCCUACCCCCUCUUCCCUCCCUCCUCCCAUUCCACCUCCAUCACCUCCUCCUCCUCCUCCUGUCCGUCCCAGUCGUGGUCCAGGCCGGGCUCGGCCCUGCUACCUGACUACCCUCAUUACUGCACCCUGGGGCCUAACAUGGUCCCCACCUCUAAAGUCCCCAGCUGGAAGGACUGGGCUAAACCAGGACCCUAUGACCAGCCCAUGGUGAACACCCUUAGAAGGAGGAAGGACAAGGAUCCUGUACCAGCAGACACCAGCUAUGCCCCACUACCACUGCCUGCUGGUGUCAUCCCAGCACCUGGGGGCAGGAGUCUACCACUGCCUGCUGGUGUCAUCCCAGCACCUGGGGGCAGGAGUCUACCACUGCCUGCUGGAGUCAUCCCAGCACCAGGGAGCAGGAGUCAAGCAUUACCUCCACCACCCAAGGUGUGUGAGAUGGAGGCCCAUGAGGAGCUGGCUCUGGCCCUGUCCAGAGGUCUACAGCUGGACUCACACACACAGCGUUCCAGUAGGGACUCUCUACACUGUUCUAGUGGCUACAGUACCCAGAGUACCACCCCGUGCUGUUCAGAGGACACCAUACCUUCACAAGUGUCAGACUAUGACUAUUUCUCCAUGGGAGGGGACCAGGAGGUUGACCAGCAGGAGUUUGACAAGUCAUCCACCAUCCCCCGUAACAGUGACAUCAGCCAGUCCUACCGUAGGAUGUUCCAGUCCAAGAGACCAGCCUCCACCGCCGGCCUACCUUCUACGGCUGGCUCCGUCAUCAUGACCCCAGGGGUCGCCACCAUCCGCCGCACGCCCUCCACCAAGCCCUCGGCUCGCCGCGGGACCACCGGCCCCAUCCCCAUCCGGACCCCCGUCAUCCCAGUCAAGAUCCCCACCGUGCCUGGCCUAGUUGGGGGAGGAUUCCCUGGGGGGCUGGGGAUUCCUGGAGGACCAGGAGUAGGGCUGGAGGAACCAGAGGAGGCCCAGAGCCCUGAGUCUCCAGCCCAGGGAGAGGAGGGGGAGCUGGGUGUACUUCCCCUGGCGUUCUGGAGUGGUCAAGCAACCACAAACCCUCCCUUGGCCCCCCACCAGCCUAGGGUCCAGUGUCAGGGCGAGGGGGGGUCCCUGGAGGAGGGGGAGGUUCUGGAUGGUCAGGGGGGAAACAUGCUGCUGGUUAUCCAGAGAGGGGUCAAGCUGAAGAGGACCAAUACCAACGAUCGCUCAGCACCGCGCAUCGUAUAAGAGGAGAGCCACCGUGGCACCAUGCAGCAUCAGAGGAGGGUAUCCUACCUAGCUGUACCUAGCUAGCCUACCACCUGCCCAUUGACAGGACAGACAGGACACAGCUCAUGUCCACUGCGCUAAGGGGGGUCUCCUGUAUACUACUUACCGUCCAGCGGCCUCACUGACAGACAGGACACAGCUCAUGUCCACUGUGCAAAGGGGGGAUCUCCUGUAUACUACUUACUGUCCAGCGGCCUCACUGACAGACGGGACAGAACAGAACUCAGCUCAUGUCCAUUCCAUGUGAUGCUGUGUGUGGUGACAGACAGAGCUCUGCUCGUCGUCUCAGACGGUGCAGAAGGUGGUCUCUUGGACAGACAGUGGAGCAGCUCAGAGUUGUGUUAAUUAUGUUCUCUCUUAGUUCUGAAUGUGUAAAUAAUUAUGCAUGGUAUUUUCUCUUUGUUGCUUCCUGGGGCCCAGUUCUGUUGACUCUAGUCCUCCCACCCCCAUUCCUCCCCUCCUCAGUUCUGUUGACUCUAGUCCUCCCCACCUCAGUUCUGUUGACUCUAGUCCUCCCUCCUCAGUUCUGUUGACUCUAGUCCUCCCCUCCUCAGUUCUGUUGACUCUAGUCCUCACCUCUUCAGUUCUGUUGACUCUAGUCCUCCCACCCUCAUUCCUCCCCUCCUCAGUUCUGUUGACUCUAGUCCUCCCCACCUCAGUUCUGUUGACUCUAGUCCUCCCACCUCAGUUCUGUUGACUCUAGUCCUCCCACCUCAGUUCUGUUGACUCUAGUCCUCACCUCUUCAGUUCUGUUGACUCUAGUCCUCCCACCUCAGUUCUGUUGACUCUAGUCCUCCCACCCCCAUUCCUCCCCACCUCAGUUCUGUUGACUCUAGUCCUCCCACCCUCAUUCCUCCCCACCUCAGUUCUGUUGACUCUAGUCCUCCCACCUCAGUUCUGUUGACUCUAGUCCUCCCACCCUCAUUCCUCCCCUCCUCAGUUCUGUUGACUCUAGUCCUCCCCACCUCAGUUCUGUUGACUCUAGUCCUCCCACCCCCAUUCCUCCCCACCUCAGUUCUGUUGACUCUAGUCCUCCCACCCUCAUUCCUCCCCACCUCAGUUCUGUUGACUCUAGUCCUCCCACCUCAGUUCUGUUGACUCUAGUCCUCCCACCCUCAUUCCUCCCCUCCUCAGUUCUGUUGACUCUAGUCCUCCCACCUCAGUUCUGUUGACUCUAGUCCUCCCCUCUUCAGUUCUGUUGACUCUAGUCCUCCCACCUCAGUUCUGUUGACUCUAGUCUUCCCCACCUCAGUUCUGUUGACUCUAGUCCUCCCCUCCUCAGUUCUGUUGACUCUAGUCCUCCCCUCCUCAGUUCUGUUGACUCUAGUCCUCCCCUCCUCAGUUCUGUUGACUCUAGUCCUCCCCUCUUCAGUUCUGUUGACUCUAGUCCUCCCACCCUCAUUCCUCCCCUCUUCAGUUCUGUUGACUCUAGUCCUCCCCACCUAAGUUCUGUUGACUCUAGUCCUCCCACCUCAGUUCUGUUGACUCUAGUCCUCCCACCUCAGUUCUGUUGACUCUAGUCCUCCCACCUCAGUUCUGUUGACUCUAGUCCUCCCCUCUUCAGUUCUGUUGACUCUAGUCCUCCCACCCUCAUUCCUCCCCUCCUCAGUUCUGUUGACUCUAGUCUUCCCCACCUCAGUUCUGUUGACUCUAGUCCUCCCACCCUCAUUCCUCCCCUCCUCAGUUCUGUUGACUCUAGUCCUCCCACCCUCAUUCCUCCCCUCCUCAGUUCUGUUGGCUCUAGUCCUCCCACCCUCAUUCCUCCCCUCCUCCUCAGUUCCAAGAUGCCAAAUUAUUUGAAGCUAUUGAAAGAAGUGUUUUAGAUUUAUUGUGAAGAUUGUGGCAUCUUAGUGACACAACUAUCAGGGGCCCCAAGCUGUUUGGUACGUAAACCGAUUUCAUGUUUCAACUUCAUAUUUUCAGAUCUACAAUCCACAAUAGCUGUUGUAGGAGGUUUUAUGUUAUGCUCAGUAUUUCAACUGUUUUUAAUAGCAUGUGUUUUGCCAGUUAAUCAGUCAUCUCUUGGUAACAACUUACUUUCACAUUACGCUGUACAUUUCCACGUUUCAAAUGUGUGUCAUGAGGGACCUGAUGAACCUGUCAUUAUUCACCAAUACAGACAAUAACACUAAUGUCACGGGAUUCUUCUGUUGAAGGAGAGGCGGACCAAAACGCAA